GGAGGGCGUUCAUAUGUUCAACAGAGAGAGCACACCGACAACAACCUCCUAGUUACCGGGCUCACAAACUGUCAUUCCCAGACAGAGCUGCACAUUGACCAGCUCGCUCCGUGGCUGUUAACACUGAUUAACUCGCGCGUGUUUUUUAGUGGAGGAGAGCCGCGUUAUCCACUCACUUUACGCGAGCUAACCGGGCAUUAGCAAGUGAUGAGCAGGGGCCUGCUUCUUCUGGAUGCCCAGCUAAGGUUACCGACAGGGCACGCCGCGUAACAGCGCCAAUAAACUCUCCAUUCAGCCCGUGAAACUCUCUACGGACCCAGACUUCUUUUUUUUUUCCACCGCUCUUUUGGACCUACGCUUCAUGCAAGCUCCCUGCGAGUUGCACAGACACGCUAGUUAGCUACCGCUCCUUGGUGCAGCUUCAGUGCGAGCAGUAAAGACACACGCCGGCCGCCCGUUUCCACUUCCAGCCUGUCUGUGCGAUGGGUCUGCUGUCACAGGGAUCACCACUGAACUGGGAAGAAACCAGGAAGUAUGCCGACCACAUCAGAAAGCACGGUAUCAUCCAGUUUCUGAACAUCUACAACAAGGUGAAGGAGCGUCAGAAAGAUGUGCUGAAAUGGGGCGACGAGGUUGAGUAUAUGCUAUUGGAAUUGGAUGACAAGGAUGAGAAGGUCCGAAUUGUCCUGAGCGGCGGGGACGUCCUGGAGACCCUCCAAGACCAGGGUGAAAAGGUCAAUCCCAAUCACCCUACACUCUGGAGACCAGAGUAUGGCAGCUACAUGAUCGAGGGGACUCCGGGGCAGCCGUACGGCGGCACCAUGUCCGAGUUCAACACCGUGGAGGGCAACAUGAGGAAGAGGCGACGAGAGGCGUCAUCUGUCCUGAACCAGAAUGAAACCCUGUGCUCCAUUACCGCCUUUCCAAGGUUAGGUUGCCCAGGUUUCACCAAACCAGAGUGCCGGCCGACUCCCGUUGAGAAGGGAGUGUCGAAGUCGCUGUUUUUCCCAGAUGAAGCCAUCAACAGGCACCCAAGAUUCAGCACCCUGACCAGAAACAUACGUCACAGAAGAGGAGAGAAAGUCGCAAUAAAUGUGCCAAUCUUUAAAGACAAGUGCACUCCAUCUCCAUUUGUGGAGGAGUUUCCUGAGGACGAUGGCGAAGCAGCGCGGGCGGCUCUGCCCGACCACAUCUACAUGGACGCCAUGGGCUUUGGCAUGGGGAACUGCUGCCUGCAGGUGACAUUCCAGGCUUGUAGCAUUGAUGAGGCGAGGUAUCUAUACGACCAACUAGCGACGUUCUGCCCCAUUGUGAUGGCUCUGAGUGCAGCCUCACCCUUCUACAGAGGCUACGUGUCGGAUAUCGAUUGUCGCUGGGGGGUUAUUUCUGCCUCGGUGGAUGACAGGACACAGGAGGAGCGCGGGCUGAAGCCCCUGAAAAACAACAAAUACAGGAUCUUCAAGUCGAGAUACGACUCGAUUGACAGCUACCUGUCCAGCUGUGGUGAGAAGUACAACGACAUUGAUUUGACGAUAGACGAGGAGAUCAACAAGCAGCUGCUCGCAGCCGGAAUUGACAAGCUGCUGGCUCAACACAUAGCACACCUCUUCAUCCGGGAUCCUCUCUCUGUGUUUGAGGAGAAAAUACACUUGGAUGAUGAAAACGAGUCGGAUCACUUUGAGAACCUCCAGUCGACCAACUGGCAGACGAUGAGGUUUAAACCUCCACCUCCGAACUCUGAUAUCGGCUGGAGAGUGGAGUUCCGCCCCAUGGAGGUGCAGCUAACUGACUUUGAAAACGCUGCAUACGUGGUCUUCGUCGUCCUGCUCACCCGAGUGAUCUUGUCCUACAAGCUGGACUUCCUGAUCCCCUUGUCAAAGGUUGAUGAGAACAUGAAGGUGGCGCAGAAGAGGAACGCUGUCCACGAGGGCAUGUUUUACUUCCGAAAGGACAUCUUUAAAGGCUGCAGCUCGGUCCCCGAUGGCGCCGCCUCUGCUCAGAACGGCUUGGACGCUGACGGUGCUAACGAGGAGUACAUGCUGAUGAGCAUUGACACCAUCAUCAACGGAAAGGAGGGAGUAUUUCAAGGGCUGAUCCCAAUCCUCAACUGCUACCUGGAAAACAUGGAGGUUGAUGUGGACACCAGGUGCACCAUUUUAAAUUAUCUGAAGCUCAUCAAGAAGCGCGCCUCAGGGGAACUGAUGACCAUGGCCAAGUGGAUGAGGGAGUUUGUGGCCAAGCACCCGCAGUACAAGCAGGACAGCGUCAUAACUGACAAGAUCAACUACGACCUGAUCAAAAAGUGCGACAGAAUCGCCAAGGGCGAAGAGCAGUGCCCCGAGCUCUUUGGAAACCCAGUUAACAAGUUCAAAUGAGGAAAAACGACGUCUUCAUUAAUAGAAGCAUGUGAAGAAAGACCAAAUGAGCGGCUCAGAGAGGUCCAAUUAUAAGAGAAUGCAAACGGCAUGCGUGUGUUGUAAGGAAACACACCUGCAUCAAAUAUAUGUAUAUAUACUGAAUCAGAUUUUUAUGAUUACAGAAUUAUUUUAAUAGGAUUAAGACAUGCAAAGAGUUGUGUAAUAGAAAAUCAGAUGUGUAUUUAUUUUUGUCUGGAAAUUGAGCAUAUCUGUGUGAGAAUGUAAAUGUAGCAAAGGGUUGUACAGUAGUCUGCUUUUAAUCCUGUGUUCUGUAAAUACUGUACUUCUGCUCUUGAAAACAUUACCAUCUCUUCUUUUUGAUGUGAUCUUUCUUCCUGUUCGGGUGGGAUCUCCCUUUCUUCUUUUUUUUUUGCACUUAGAGAAAUGUUUGGCUUUGCUCUGCUGACAUUGUAGUGGGACCUUGAAAUUAGUGUUGCAUUCAAGUGGAAAUGGUGAACCAUUGUUUGCAAUGUGAUGCUGUUUCAAAAUAAAUCCGUACAACAGUAA